AUGUCAAAACGUAAAAUUAUUGAUUAUUUUUCUAAAAAUACAAAUCAAGAUGAUUGUGAACCAACUUCUAGUAAAAAUUCAACGAAAACACCAAGUACACUAAAUAAAACUGAAAGUAUGCAUGCAAAUGAAAAUGAUAUAAGCUUAUUCGUAAACCGUAGAUUAUCAGAUGCUGAUAAAUUUACUGCACUUAAAAAUGUAUGGUUACCAUUGACAACAUUUGAGUUUCCUUUAAACCAAAAAAAUAAGAAAAGAGGUUUAAAAUUCCAAUAUAAAUGGUUGCUUCAAUUUAAUUGGCUUGUUUACUCAAAAAUAAAAAAUGGUGCUUAUUGCAAGUUUUGUGUAGUAUUUGCAAAAUGUGGUGGAAUAAGGAAUCAGCCUUUAAAUAAAUUGGUAUUAGAAGCAUUUGAUGCAUGGAAAAAAGCUCUUGAGUGUGAUUUUGAACCUAAAAUCAGAACACUUAAAAGACUUUGUGCCACACGCUGGGUGCAGCGUUAUGACGCUGUGAACGAUUUUGUCGAACUAUUCCCUUGUGUGGUGGCUGCAUUAGAAAUAAUUACAGAAUGGAACGACAGUUCUGCCACUGAUGCUGCCAUAUUAUUAAAAGCUAUUGAUAGUGAAUUUUUGAUCUCACUUCAAAUUACUAAAUUUUUAUUUUCCUAUGGAUUGCCACUAUGUAAGCAAUUACAAUCCAAAAAAAUUGACUUAGUAGAAGCAGUUUGCCUUGCCGAGGAUAUAAUUUCAGCACUUCAGAAUAUUAGGAUUAAUAUUGAACAAGAAUUUAAUAAUAUAUUCUUAAUGGCAAAGGAAAUGGCUAAAGUUAUCAGCUUAAAUCUAUCGGUGAAAAGAAUUACAAAAAGACAAACCAAUCGUGCAAAUUUUUUUACAGAUUCUGAUAAUAAUAAAAUAUCAGACAUAAAUGUUGAACAUUAUUAUCGAACUACAAUAUUUAUUCCAUAUUUGGAUUUCUUUAUUGCACAAUUAGAAGAAAGAUUUACUGCACACAAAACAAUUUUUAAAGGAUUUGAGACUAUUUUUUCAAAAAAUCAGUUCUUAAAUGCAAGUGAAAUUGAAUCCUUUAAAAAUCUGGCAGAGUUUUAUUCACCGCAUGUAAAUAAAGACAACAGUUUGGCUGAACUGAAAAUAUGGCGAACAAAGAUAUUGGACAAUUCUGAAGUCAUUAAAACUGGCCUAGAUGCUCUUCAACUCUGCAGUUCCUCUAUUUAUACAAAUUUGAAUAAGUUACUAAAAAUUUUAUGUGUCCUACCCGUUUUAACAUCCACCCCAGAAAGAACGUUUUCAACAUUAAAGAGGGUGAAGACAUUCACUAGAAACUCAAUGCUUGAAGACCGUUUGAAUGGAUUAACGUUGUUGGCAGUACAUAAAGAUAUUAGCAUUACUCCAGAUGAAGUCUUGGAUGAAAUGUCUAUGAAGCCAAGAAAACUUGAACUUAUACUUUAG